CAGUAAACGAAGACAAUGCCCGAUAUAAACAGUGCCUCGGAUUGCACCAUAAUAACGAGAUAAAGAACAACAGUGGUGCGGGCUAGGUGUGUUUUCUUCCGGAAAAGUGUACUCCAAACCAGCACGAAGAUGAUGGAACGUAAGCUUACCAUCCUGUACGGCAGCCAGUCCGGAACGGCACAAGAUCUGGCGGAGCAGAUAUGGCGCGAAUCGAAGAUGUACUUCUUCCGCGGGAACGUACUGCCGAUGGACGAAUACGACGUAUCGGAACUGAUCGGCGAACGGUUCGUGGUGUGUGUAUGCUCCACGUACGGGCAAGGCGAAGAACCGGACAAUAUGAAGCGAUUCUGGAAGUUUCUGCUCCGGAAAAGCCUUCCCACCGAUUCCCUGCAACAAGUGCACUUUGCCGUACUGGGGCUGGGUGAUUCGCGCUAUCCGAAGUUUAACUACGUUGCGAAAAAGCUGCACAAACGAUUGCUGCAGCUCGGUGGCAGUGCACUGCUUCCGGUUGGGCUUUGUGACGAUCAGCACGAUCUCGGAUAUGGAGCCGUUUUUCUGCCCUGGCUCGACCAGUUAUGGGACGAGCUGGUACGCAUCGUACCAUUUCCGGCCGGUACGCACAAGUUUCCCGAAAGUCCCCGAGAGUUCAGGUGGAAUGUGGAAAUUGUAAAGGAAGCAAAACAGCAAGCGGGAGAGAUCGAUCUGUACGCGGACGUUAAAAUGCCGAACGGGUUUCAAACGAUGGUAGUGGAAAAUCGACGUACAACGGCGGUGGACCACUUUCAGGACGUUCGGAUGAUAACGUUCGAGAAAAAGGCAGUCCCUUGGUGUCCGGGCGAUGUGCUUUACGUUAGACCGCACAACUCCAGCGAGAGCAUCGACCAGCUGUUUGAGCUGUUCAACCAGCACGAGAUAAACGUUGGCCGGGAAACGGUUGUCCAAGUGAAAGCCAUCGAUUCGGAAAUGCCUGUACCAUCAAUUCUUCAACGAGCAUUACCCCUGCUUGCCAUCGCGGAACAGUACUGGGAUUUAACGGCGAUACCACGUGCGCGGGCAUUCGCGGUGUUGGCCAAAAAUUGUACAAACGAGCUCGAGCGCGAAAAACUAAUUGAAUUCAGCCGCUACGAAGGUCAGGAAGAACUGUUCUCCUACGCCAACCGACCGAGACGAACAAUACUGGAGGUUCUGCAAGAUUUUCCACACGCCACCAAAUGUCUCACGCUCGAAGCACUGUUUGAGCUAUUUCAACCCAUUAAACCGAGAGCGUUUUCGAUCGCAUCCGCAGUGGAAAGUGGCAAGUUGCAAAUACUGGUGGCUGUUAUAGAGUACAAGACGAAGCUUAGUGUUCCGAGGCGCGGUUUGUGUUCACACUGGCUGAAACGAUUGACGCCGGGCCAGGUGAUAAAUGCUUGGGUGCGAAAGAGUACGUUCCAGCUGCCGGCAGAUAAUAAAAUUCCGCUCGUAAUGAUUGGACCAGGAACCGGAUUAGCACCAUUCCGCGGCAUUCUCCAGGAAAGAGAACUCUCCGAAACGCCUACCUCAGCACCGUUGGUAUUGUUUUUCGGUUGUCGUAGUUCUACCGCCGAUUUCCACUGCGAAGAAGACCUCAAGCGAAUGGAGCAGAGUGGCAUGCUGCAGCUGUUUUGUGCAUUUUCCCGCGACCAACCGGACAAGGUGUAUGUACAGCAUCUCAUCAAGAAGCAGGGUGUUUUGUUGAAAAAGUUGCUGGUUGAAAACGGUGGAUAUGUUCCGUUCCUGGAAAAGAUGGAACCGGUGCGGCUUACGCCGGCCUGGGAAGAGCACAAUCUUCCAAACGAUGAGCUCAACUUCAGGGGGAUGACGAUGGAGCGGGCCAAGAUGGAGACGAACCCGCCGAAGGACAAGCUGCGCCUCGUCUUUCUAACGCUGAUGAUCCACGGUAUUGGUACGCUGAUGCCGUGGAACAUGUUCAUCACUGCCAAAUCAUACUUUGUAGAUUACAAGCUAAGUCAAAACUAUACAGGAGUCGAGCUAGAGUAUGGUACGUACUUUCUAGCGUACGUUGGAUUCGCGUCCCAGGUUCCUAACCUGCUCUUUAAUUGGCUCAACAUUUUCAUGAACCUUGGUGGUAAUCUCACGAAACGGAUCGUUUACAGUAUCCUGAUCGAGGUGAUCGUGUUCGUCGUUACGGUAGUGCUGGCCAUGAUCAACUCUUCCGAAUGGCCCGGUGCAUUCUUCUGGAUCACGAUGACCACGGUGGUGAUAUUGAACAUGGCCGGUGGAAUUUAUCAAAACACGGUGUACGGCAUGGCGGCCAAGCUGCCGUUCAAGUAUACGGGCGCGGUUGUGCUGGGUUCGAACAUAAGUGGCACGUUUGCGUCCAUCAUCUCGAUCCUCAGCUCGCAGUUCGCGUCGUCCGUGAGGACGGCCGCCAUUUACUACUUCAUUACGGCCAUGUUUGUGCUGUUGCUCUGUUUCGACACGUACUUUGCGUUACCGUUAAAUAAAUUCUAUCGCUACCAUGAGCUACUGAAGGAGAAAGAAAUAGAAUCGAACCAGCGGGCGAACGUGGGCGCCCGGCCCCCGUACUGGACCAUCUUCAAGCAAGCGUUCCCCCAGCUGUUUAAUGUGUUUUUCGUGUUUUUCAUCACGCUCGCCGUCUUCCCGGCCGUCCACUCCGACAUCAAGCGGUCGGACGGUGAUUUCAUCAUCGACGACGAGCUGUUCGUGAGUAUCUGCUGCUUCCUGACGUUCAACGUGUGCGCCAUGCUCGGCAGCCUGCUAACGUCCUGGGUGACCUGGCCCAAGCCCAAGUACCUGGUGUGGCCCGUGCUGUUGCGGGCCGCCUUUCUACCACUGUUCCUGUUCUGCAACUAUCAGCCGCUCAACAUUGCACGCGUCCUUCCCGUCUACAUCGAUCACGACUGGGUGUACUGGGGGAUUGCGAUCGUGAUGGCCUUCUCGUCCGGUUACUUCAGCUCGCUCGGCAUGAUGUACGCACCGCAAUCGGUCGAACCGCAGUACGCGAUGACGGCCGGCAUGUUUGCUGCCGCGAUGCUCAUCACCGGCAUCUUUACCGGCAUCCUGUUCUCGAUGGUGUUCCCGCUGGUGGUGCAGUACAACUUCCUCGAAUGGCUCCACUAGGCCUGGCGCUGGGGAAUGGGCAUUUACGACGGGUACGUUUCGUAACCCGGCAUUUGUUCCCCGUUCCCAAUGCGCAGCGGCAUGCAGCGACGGAGAGAGGUGAAGGUGUAGUGUUGGCGAUCUGCUUCACAAUCGCACACACUCUGUCGGACUUUUUCUCUCAUUAUCCAGCAGCAUCCACAGAUUUACGAUCGUUCCAGGAUCGUUCCAGGUGGUUGCAGUCCUCCCCCAAAAGUCAUAUCACUUUGGCCGGAUAAUUCAAAUGCAAACACGUUUAAAAAGUGCUCACUACCGUCAGUGUGUUUGCAAACUGAUUUGCAUUAAUUUCAUCUUCUUUCGGUUGAAGUUAUUCAUUUUAAUUUCUGUUUUUCUUUGUUCAUACAUGAUUUAUUUGCUUUGUGCAUGUUUUCUAUCCAAUGUUAGCCGUUUCCCAAUAGAAUUAUUCCCCCUAAGAAGGGGUUUGAGUGGUCAAAAUUGGAUAAAACAUAUUCCCGAUCCCACAAGAAUGGACUCGUUCUUCUUUUUUGGCACUAGAACCUCGAAGGAAGACCUCCUUGGGUCUUCCAUUUUUGGGUUUCCUUCACUUGAAAAAGGUUAGAAAUUUUCAAAUAGAGACAAGGUGUUCCUGUUUAACCUGUACUCUGGAUGUACAGGGUUUUUCAGGAAAACUCAACAUUCUAACACUGUAUAUCAACAGCAUAAAACGCUAAUCCGGCAUCGAAUAUGCAACUCAACCUGCAUAACCCUUCUCAACUCGGAUUUUACACCGUUGAAUGUUUGUUUUCCCAUGUUGAAAAGGGCUAAUGAGAUUGACUACCAUAUACGAUGUUGGAUGAGCGUUUUAUGCUGCUGAGAUAUACUGUUACCCGUUUGAACUGACCUGAGAAACCCUGUAAAGAUGUCGCAUCAUCCAUCUGAGAAACUUGGAACUCACACAGCAUCUUCUAAGUUGCUUCAAACUUUGACCACAAGAGCUCGAUCGAGAUCAUUCGCAGUAAGAACGGUGUCACAGUCAUCACAGGGAACGAUGGGAAUGCAGGGCUAAGUUUGAUAACAUCUCUCAAAUUCAAUUUUAGGUGGGAUUAGGAGCUUCUGAAACAAAGCUAUUUCUAGUGGAGAUAUCUAUGUGUUUGUUACUGUAAGCAGUUAAGCCUAUUUCAAAUAACACUGUGUGCUGUUUAGUGAUAGUGAUGGUUUUCAAACGUUUUUAGUUUUAAUUUAGCAUCAUAAGCAAUCAUUUUCUUUAUCGAAAAAGCGCGUCAGUUAACAUGUUAAGUGUAACGCCCGGCAUAAACGUUGCGUUCGAUAAGAAUUGUCGCGUUUUGCGUAUAAGAUCAUUAAGUCUGAUAGAGUCUGUUUUUUUUGGAGGGUGUUUGCAGCAGUAGCACUAUUAGCGUAUUGAGUAACUUGAAAAAAAGGGUUUUUAGUAACGAUUUAGUAACGCACAACUUAACAAUCCCACUCUCAAAACACUUCAAAACGGAUGAUGAUUUGUCCCAGCCAGUUGGCAGUUGCAGAACUGCGGUUCGAACCUAAUGUAGACUAUGAUUUCACCUAAUGUGUAGGAAUGAUUUCAACUGUAAGGAUAAAACUAACGCCGCCGAGCUGCUAGUGCCAGUCAAACUAAAGCUGUUUGCUCAACAGAUGGCCAACAACAACGACAAGUUUAUUCCAAGGCUGAUGAAACAAAAUGAAAACCGUUGAAACAGAGAUCCUUCUCCCCCAGAAAACAAAUGUGACCUUAGUCUGAUUAAGUUCCAACGCAUCUCAAUUAACAUUACUCCUGACCAAUCGACGAACCUAAUGCAUAUAGUCAUUAAUAUAGUAAUUCAAUCAAUUUGCCGUUCAACCAACAUCUGUCGAUUUAAGUUACGCAGUUCUUCAGCAUUAGUCAGUAAACACACACCACUCGACAAAGCUUCCCCCCCCCCCCCCCCCCCCCCCCUUCCCCCAUAUGUAUCGGAUCUCACGGAACAAAGUCCGUUUCGACCACCCCAUGUGCGAGAAACCUAAGGAAAGUAAUGUAAACCAAAAACAAAAAAUGGGCAGAUUUCUCCACCCCCCCCCCAAAAUCCUUGACAAGUUUUGUUUCGGUUAAGAGCGUUUUUUAAUACAAAAACCAAUUGAACGGUUCCUGCUGUGUGAGACUUCGCUUCGCCAGCCAUUUCGUUUGAAUACCAAAAUUUUGUUUAAGUUAAAGUUUACAUUAUAAACUAUCUACCCAUACAGACACAUACAUAGUGGACUGAUGUGUGAAAAGCGAUUGCGAAAGAGGAAGGUUUUAUUAGCGUUAGAGUGUGUUAGUUGCAUUAGAAUGUUUGGUUUUCAUCGUUUUUUUCUUUACUUUUCUUCUAAUACAUUUUUUUGCUUUAAAAUACACUCCCAAGUUGAGUCCAAAUGGCUUCUUUUUUGCCUAUAUUUCAUUACUUUGCUCGUUUUUUACCCCCUUAUCAAUGUGUUUGGUUUUAUAAGUACUCAAUAAAAUACUUUCAUCAUAAA